GCCUGCCAAAGGGUUGUCUGUGAGGUGUGAGGUGUACGCAUGCGCGCCUCGGGCAGCCGCCGCUUCCUGUCUGUCUGUGUGUCGGCGCGUCGAGCCGCUCGAGCUUGCAACGAUUUUCCUGUUCGCUUCACGUUUUACUCCAACAAGCAAACCCCAAUGGCUACAAAACGCAGGAAGGUGGAUAUUGAGUGCCGGAUCUUCCAAGACACUUGGACAGAAAAGUACUUCUUUAUACAGCACUUUGGCACGCCCACAUGCCUCAUCUGCCACUCAAGUGUAAGUGUGAACAAGGAGGUCAACAUCAGGCGGCACUAUGAAACAAGACACCCGAAAUUUAGUGAAAUUAGUGGGCAAGCAAGGAAGCAUGAAGUUCAUAACCUUAAAUGGGGCCUGGAAAAUCAAAAUCUGAUGUCCAAGAUAAAAAGUGUAGAAUCAGAAAGAAACACGUGUGCUAGCUACGCAGUUUCUAAGUUGAUAGCAGAAAAUAUGAAGCCCUUCAAUGACGGAGAUUUCGUGAAAGAAUGUUUGAUGGCAGUUGUGGACAUUCUGUGUCCCGAGAUAAAGAUUUCAUUUUCAAAUGUCAGUCUUUCUGAAAGAACAGUUGCACGACGAAUAGAAGAAAUGUCAGUGGAUGUAAAAAAGUGUUUAAAGGACUAUUGCCAACAUUUCCAGUUCUUCUCAAUAGCGCUCGAUGAGAGUACAGAUACCAAAGACACCGCUCAGCUUGCAGUAUUUGUACGUGGAGUAAAUUCAGCUUUCGACACUGUUGAGGAGUUAGUUCAACUGGUACCUAUGAAGGGUACUACCACAGGAGCAGACAUUCUUGAAGCAUUGCUCAAGUGUACUACAGACAUGGAGCUGGAUCUAUCUAAGUUAGUAUGUGUCGCAACUGAUGGAACGCCAGCAAUGGUUGGAGAAAAGAAAGGUGUCGUGGCUCUGCUUCAAAACCACAUGGAAGGCCUUGGAAUUAACCACAAAAUAGAGAAAAUGCACUGCCUAAUCCACCAGGAAGCAUUGUGUGCCAAGUCUUCAAAUUUGAAGGAUGUGAUGGACGUAGUGGUAAGAGCAGUAAACAUGAUUUUGUCUCAGGGACUGAACCAUCGUCAGUUUCAACAACUUUUGUCUGAAGCAGAGGCCCAGUAUGGAGACCUGCUCUACUUCUGCGACGUUCGGUGGCUAAGUCGAGGUGCAAUGUUAGAAAGAGUAUACGCUCUGCGGGAAGAAAUAGCAACAUUCCUUGAAGGUAAAAAUGUGAAUGCCUCAGAAUUUCGCGAUCCUAAAUGGCUUUCGAAUUUAGCAUUUCUGGUAGAUUUAACAGCUCAUUUUAACAACUUCAACUUGCAACUUCAGGGAAGAAAUCAACUCGUACAUGAGAUGUGUGGUCACAUCGUCGUCUUCGAAACAAAACUACAUCUGUGGGAAUGCCAGCUUGAGAAAUCAUGCUACGCUCAUUUCCCUAAACUCAAGGAGACCCAACCGACAGACACCAACACAUUUGUGACUGUGAUACGUGACUUGAAAACUGAGUUUUCUUCACGUUUCGCUGACAUUCGCUCACACACAAGCGAAUUCAGGCUGUUUGCCACACCGUUUGACAUGGACAUCGACAACGUACCAGAAAAUGUUCAAAUGGAACUUAUUGAGAUGCAGUGCAGUGAUGUAUUAAGAUCUAAAUUUAAAGCAACAGACAUAUCUCUACCAGAGUUCUACAAGAAAUAUCUUCUUGAAACUGGUAUGUAUACCAACUUGGUAGAUCACGCGAAAAAAAUGACAUCAAUGUUCGGCAGUACUUACAUGUGCGAGCAACUCUUCUCAAAUAUGAAAUACACGAAGAGUAAAUUAAGAAACCGACUGACUGAUGCCCAUUUAGAUGGCAUCUUGCAUCUGGCUUCUUCCAGCCUGUCACCUAAUAUUGAGAGACUGUCGAGCGAAGAACAACACUAAGUGUAACUGCUAUGAGACAGACAAACAGACAGACAGAGAGCGGUGAGGGUAGUUUCUAUACCAGUGUCUCAAACUAACUGUUAUGUUCAUUAGACAUAAUAUUAUUUAAAUAUAUAAAUAUGUCAAAAUUUUGUUGGUAUGUAUUCUUACCUCCAUUUAUUAACUACGGCGAUAGAUGUGGCCCGCCAUCCGUUCAGACGGGUCCUGGUCCCUAUGCAGAACAAGGUUGCCGACCCCUGACCUAAAUGAUAGCCAGGAACUAAUGGAACACCAUGGGGAUCAGUGCAGAGGGCUCAAUCAUCUAUUUAUGUUAAUGCCUUGGAUGAAGGGAUGGAGUUUAUUGCAGCCAAAUUUACUGAUUAUACAAAAAUAAGUGGAGUAGUAAAUUGUGAGGAGGCGCUAAGUCUGCAAAGGGAUAACAAUUAGGCUGAGGAUGUAAUGAGGAAAUAUGAAAUUGAUCACUAGGAAAGCAAGAGCCAAAAAAAAACAUUUAUUAUGUAAACGAAUGGGAUGACAAAUUGUGAUAGUAGAAAGAGAUCUGAGAGUCCAGGAUUCAGAGACAAUAUGAACAACUGCUCUGCCCACAACCACAAGAAAUUGCCGAGAGUCAUGGACGGAGUUCAGUUCAACACAUGGACCAACUUCCCCCACUUUGACUGCAUCUACACUUAAUGCUACCUCAGAGAAGUAGCCAACAUAACCAAAGACCACUCGCACCCCUGGAAGAAAAAGGAAAAUUACAUUUAUCCAACAAAAUAUGAGGUGAAACAUUUGGGAGGGGAAACAAGCCCAGGAAUUCAUAAUAAAUUAUAGAGUACAAAGAAA